GUCUCAGCCUCGCCCUGUGUAGGAGUGUACAGAACCCGUCACACUGGUUAAGGAGUGUCAGAGACUUUCACUUUCAUUUCUCUUCUGCUGUCAGCGAUGGCGUCUGCUGAUCUGAGAGCUGAGCUGGAAUGUUCCGUCUGUCUGAACAUUUAUACAGAUCCUGUGAACCUGAAAUGUGGACAUAACUUCUGCCGGGAAUGUAUUGGUCGUGUGCUGGAUACACAGCGGUGGUCUGGAGGUUAUUCCUGUCCUGGAUGCAGAGAGAAGUUCCAGAAGCGGCCUGCACUGCAUAGGAACAUAACACUGCGUAACAUAGUGGAGAAUUUCCUGUCUGCUCAGCCAGAUAAGGAGGAGUCCGGGGUCCUCUGUACUUAUUGUAUUCACGCUCCUGUACCUGCUGUGAAGUCCUGUCUGCAUUGUGAAGCUUCUCUGUGUGACAACCACCUGAGAGUCCACAGCAAGUCACCAGAACACGUCUUAUGUGACCCCACCACUUCCCUGGAGAACAGGAAAUGCUCCGUCCAUAAGGAACUACUGAAGUAUUACUGCAGUCUGGACUCGGCCUGUAUCUGUGUUUCCUGCAGGCUGGAUGGAGAACAUCGGGGACAUCAGGUGGAGACUCUGUAUGAGGCCUCUGAGAAGAAGAAGAUGAAACUGGGGAAUGUUCUCCAGAAACUGAUGACAGAGAGAGAGGAGACGGAGAAAAGAGUCCAGAGUCUGGAGGAACACAGGAGGAAAGUACAAGGAGAAGCAGCCGGUGACACAGAGAAAGUCUCUGCCCUGUUCAGAAUGUUCAGGAGACGUCUGGAGGACCUGAAGACGAGAGUCCUGAGUGAGAUCUCCGGGAGGGAAGAGCGGAUCUCCAUCUCUGUGGUGGAGAUGAUCCGGGAGCUGGAAAUAAAGAAGGACGAGCUGUCCAGGAAGAUGCGAGACAUUGAGGAGCUGUGUAACAUGACGGAUCCACUGACUGUCUUA